CUAGAUAUUGCUGCCCUUUCUUAUCUUCUUAGACUAUAUGGAAGAAAUGAAACUGGAAUAUGGCAGUAGAUUCUGCAGCUUUUAGUGCUUAAAAGUCAAAGCUAUCAAAUAGCAACUUUUGUCAUGCUUUCAUCUGCAUCAGCCUGAAUAAACUUUUCUAGUGAUGUUCUUUUUCAACAGUAGGGCACAAUGUCAGCACAGUCGGUUCAUGUCAAUUAGCCUGAAUACUGAAAGCAGGAGUGAUCAGAGGAUGGACAAGUCUUGCACACAAUGCAAGGAUUAUGUCGCACAUCAAUAUUGGGACCACAUGGAUAAUCGGAAAAAGCGUUUCUUUAAGCUUAUGCUUGGCAAUUUCAGGAAUGGAGUGACCAUACCAGAGAAGUUUGUGCGCAGUGUCAGAGGAAUGAUCUCUGAACUAGUCAAACUAGAAACUCCAGAUGGUAAUACAUAUAAUGUUCAUAUUGCCAAGGAACUGAAUAAUCUAGUCCUUCGAUCUGGAUGGUCAAAAUUUGCCAGUGUUUAUGAGCUUCAAGAGGGUGACUUUUUGAGGUUCAAAUACAAUGGGGACUCCCACUUCAAAGUUGAGAUCUAUGAUCCAAGUGCUUGCGAGAAAGAGACAUCCUGCGUUGUAAUGAACUACAAUCCAGGUCUCCAAAAACGGAGCGUUCCUCAUGAUAAUCAAAUGUUAUCACCGGAGGGUGAAAGGUUAGCAAAGCGUCACAAUGGUUGCUGCAGCGACAGUUGCAAAACUUCAAAGAUGAAUCCAGCAGGCUCUCCACACAAACCAACUAAAAAGGAAGUCCCAUCUUCUGAAGAUGCCAGGAGUUCAGGUGAACUUCAGACUUCCACCAGGUCUCGCUAUUUCUUAGCAACAGGGUGCAACCUGACUGAUGCACAUAAGGUGGAAGUCGACAAAAUUGAGCAAAAUAUCAGGCCUGAGAUUCCACUAUAUGUCAAAACCAUGUCCAGUGCCAGUCUGGUUGAUGGAUUUCUGAUCAUUUGUGAUAGGUCAUAUCUCAUAUGCAAAGAUUACGCUAUCAAACACCUUCCAUGCAAAGACGAAUUCAUCACAUUUUGUCAUGCCAGUCAUAGCAAGACAUGGCGUGCUCAUUACAAGAUCAAUGCUGAUGAUACAUAUCAUCUUUCUACCGGAUGGUUGAGAUUUGUCGAUGACAACCAGUUGCAAAAAGGCGAUACUUGCAUGUUUGAAGUAUUAAAGAGGCAGAGAAGUUUCACAAUGGCAGUUCAUCUGCUUAAAGCAAGCUAUCAUCAUCCACCAGGAUUUCCCGCUUCUUCCAAGAGUCUUAGGCCUGAAGCCAAGAGUUUUAGGCCUGAAGAUAAAGUGAGGCUGUCACGAUUCAUCACAUUGGAGGGUCUGCUGAAGACUAAAGUGCAUGAGAAAGUAGAAGUUAUUAAGCCCGAAAUCCCUGUUUUUGUGUCUAUCAUGAUGAAAACCAAUGUUAGCGGCAGAAGCCUCAGUUUGGCCUUCAGUCUGGAUUAUGCCAAAGAUUUUCUCCCUGGUGAGAACCAAAUUUUCAGGCUUCAUCGGCCCGGGGAAAGCGCUCCAUGGAAAACUGAAUUCAAGAGCUUUGCUUCAAGGCGUUGGCUUGUUAGAGGCUGGGAGCAAUUUGUCAUUGACAACAAACUGGAACUAGACGAUGUCUGCCUCUUCGAGCGGAUUGAAAACAAGAAGAAGCUCAGGAUGAUGGUCCACAUCAUCCGAAAGAAAGACAGCUGCAAGGGCAAAGCCCCCGCCCGCCAUUCCCCCGCCCUCCCCGCGCCGGCGCGCGCUCCCCGGCAGAGGCAGUGCAUCAACGUGCCGUUGCACCAGGCUGAGUGGCACUGGCACCACCGCGUGCCUCUGCCGUACCCGGAUGUGACGCUGUCGCAUGACUGGCAUUUGGCCCCGGAGAGGAUCCCAGUGCCGGCGGCGCCGCGGACGGCGAGGGCCCAUGCGGAGGAGGUGCGGCACCGGCGGGCGUUGCUGACGUCGGAGCAGCGCGCCGACCCGCACUUAUCUUACUCCACUAGUCUCGUCAGCCAGCGCCAGCACAACUCCUCUCUCUCCCUCUCUCUUCUCACCAGGAAGAAUCAGGGAAUGCAUGAAGAGCAAGAUGAGAUGAUGGGUGAGAAAGGGUGCGAGAGCUGCAAGAAGUGGCAGGAGCACUACUACUGGGAGCACAUGGAUGCGAGCAAGACCAAGUUCUUCAAGCUCAUGACACAAGAUUCCCAGCAGCGCAUUCGCAUACCGGACAAAUUUGCGAGCAAUUUCAUCAGGCAGAUGCAGAACCCACAGGGAUUUGACCUGAAAGCAACAAGCGGCGAAACAUGGCAUGUGGGUGUUACCAAGGUUGCCAAUGGCCUGUUCUUCAGUUCAGGAUGGGGAGAUUUUGUCAAGGCUCAUGAACUGCAGGAGAAUGACCUCCUGGUCUUCACAUUCAGCGGCAACUCCUCUUUUGAGGUUCUCGUCUUCGAUGCGACCGGCUGCGAGAAACUAUCUUCUCUCUUCGCUGGCGCUGGCAUGCGCAAACAUUUUCAUGGUAUGGUGGGUCAACAGGUUGAGCAAUACUCUCUAAGUGAUGAUUCUGAUUCUGAUUCUGAUGAUGACGACGGCGAGGAGGAUGACGAUGAUGAUACAAGUGUGCCGUGUCAGCUGAUUGAGUCCCGUCAGAAUGUCUCCACUUUAAGGAAAUUCAGUAGCAGAACCAAACCAAGGAAAGAGCUUCUUCCUGGAUCACCAAACUGUAGCAGCUCAUGUGAUGUUAAGCAUGAGGAAACUGAUGAAGAGGAGAGUGAUGACGACACAUAUGCUGACUUCGACUACUGCUACUCGAGGGCUGCAAAGCAACUACCCGACGACGAAAAAAGUGAAAUAAUCGGGCUGGCUUCGAUCCAACCGGGCAAUCCAGCAUUCAUGACAGUUCUUCUGAGGGCCCACCUGCAACACAAGAACAACUUUCUGGUCAUCCCCAGUAAAUUUGUACACGAACAUCUUCACAUGAGAUCACAUGAGGUUGUGCUCCUCAGGCCAAACAGAGAAGAGAGGUGGCAUGUCAGGUACUACCAGGGGAGCUCCAGCAGAGGCUUCAGGGGCCAACCCUGGGCCAAGUUCGUCCGUGACAACGAACUGCACGAGGGGGAUGUCUGCGUCUUCGAGCUGAUCAAAGGCGUGAGGAAUGAGAAGAAGGCGGCGAGGACGACGAUGACCGUCCAUGUUGUCAGGAGGAGGAGGUCCAACGGUCGGUUUGCCUUAGUGGGCUAAGUUCCUGCAGUGUGGGAGGUGCGCUGAAUAUUUUGGCAUGUAAUAUGCAGUGUAGAUAUGUGCAAGUGCCUAGUACUGAAACCUGAACUGGAGUACUUAGCUGGUAUGAGCAGUGUGCUGAAUGUUUCUGAACCAGAGGGGAAAUCACCACUGAUCAUCAACAACGUCUUUCCGCUGCACCCCCAUGAGAUGUGACUAGUGCACCUCCAAGACUAAGGGUUCAUAGUUUUAUGUGUAUGGUAAGAUCUGUCUUUGUGUUUCUAAUGUUUAGAUGACAUGAGCUGCCCUUUGUACCUCACUAAGGGUAAAACACUGCAUAACUCCUUGACAGUGGUUAUGUCUUCAACUAUA